CUCUGAGUUGCCGAAGAUGACAACUUUAUGUCUUGAAAAGGUCGCCUUGGUAGCAUGCUAACAACUAACGAACAGGGACCGAACUGUCUCAAGUCAUGUACAUAUAAAGAGUCGAUGCCAUCUCCGGGUCCAACAAUCUCAAACAGCUCAUAGCAUCUGGUAUCGAAAGUCGACGAUUGAAGCAUUAUACAUUUUUGGUAACUCCGGAACGAUAGAGCAGGCUCUCUGUUGAUCACUCAAGCAUAAGGACCAUAUUUCAACAUGGGGAAGCGGAACAUUACUACCAAUACUCGGAAUCAACUUGCUUCCGAGCAGAAAGUCAAGAUGGAGCCUCGCGUUACCAAUGAGACGGACCAUAAGCACGACGACAAGUAUACUCGGCCUCCGCGCGCCAGCUUCGGUUUUGAGCUAGAAUUCCUGGUGCCUCUAAAUCCAAGGAAAGUUAAAGCAGACGACAGCAUCCCUGGCCUUGCGCCAGUCGCGGGCCACCUUGGUGGCGUAACAGCAGUUUUAGAAUUGCUACGAGAUCAUAAUUUCUAUGCAAGGACGGUAGAAGAGAGUUACGUCCCAAAGAAGUCUGAAACGAAGGGAUAUCCAUGGAUUGUCACGACAGACACCUCAGUGUCAGAGUCUGGAACAGAAUGGAAGAAUGAGGCCUAUGCGUGGGAUGCGGUAGAGAUAGCAAGCCCACCGAUGUAUGCUUGCGAUGAGGCAUACUGGCUUGUGUCAGUAGUUGUUAGACUUUUGACUAAUAGCUUGCGUCUUCGGGUCAAUGCCUCGUGUGGCUUCCAUGUUCAUGUCGGCAAUGGGCCCCAUCAGAUGGACAUGCAUGCAUCGAGAAACUACGCGGCCCUCCAGUGGGCAUCCAACCCGGUGCUAUCUACUCUCCAUUGCCCGGCGCGAAGCUUUGCUCGUUACUCCAAGUCUAUCCGAGGCUUUAGUGGUAUUGAGUUGAGUGACAACGUGACUGCAGAUAUGGCACGGCGAGAAGUCACGGGGCUGAAUUUUAUAUCUCGAUAUAUUGCACGGGCGAGGAAACUCGGAGGAGAUCCUGUUGCUUCUAGUGUGGCACUGAUCGAACCUCUUCGCGAAGCCCGCGAGAAGGAAGACGAUGGAAGAUUCCUGGAUCCUGAGUGUGAAAGUGAUGAUUCCGACUACAAGUGCGAAGACGGUAGACCUUUCGAUCGACCAAGGAAGGCCAAAGGAGUUCGGCGAGAAGUUCGUUAUACGCCCCACGUCAGAGAGUUAAUCAAUGAGGACAAGGCUAGACAGUUAGAUGAUGAAUCUAACCGUACCCGUCGUGAUCUGCCUCCAUAG